UUUCUCGUAUGUCAUCUAAGAUACAUACAGUUUAAGUCGGAUCAUACUAUCGCAUGGUAUCGGGUCACUAACCAGUUAUCAAAAUUAUUUUUCAAAUAACACACCUUGUAUUUAAUUAUUUACAUUUUUUUUUUUUAUUGCCAAAGACGGCCUUUAAUAUUUUUAUCGUUAAAUUGCUGAUAGUAUACAUCGAAACUUUUAACUCCAUUUCGUGUGAGUUAUUUGAAUUUUAAUUUUUGUGUAUUUGUUAUUAAUUGUUUAUAUAUUUUAUUAUUGUUAAUAAACAAAAAAAAAAAAAACAUUGUAUGUGCCUUGUAUAUCAAAUGAUUAUUAUUAAAUUAUUUCUCAUCGUUUAAGUGAGUGAAUAAAAUUUAUUCCAUGAAUUUGUGAAUUGUUUAAUUUAUUUUUAAAUUUUUUUUGCAAUGAAUAUUAUUAUUGUUGAUGGAUUAUUAUAUUAUUGUGUUGAGGUUAGGUGAUUUAGACUUAAAAAAUUGCUGAAUGAAAGUUGAAAAUAAAAAUUAUUUUUUUAUCAACCCUGAACGUGGUGGUUUUCAACUGCAAACAAGGGUAAUUUAUUGACGGUUUACGUGAACCGGAACACAAUGGAUUUGUCAAGUUUUUGUCAGGCCUUCAGACACAUACGAUGGCCGACUCACACGGCUUCAAGCCAAUAGAUAAACAAUCAAACGGUGCUGCAUCAGUUGAUUCCGAGUGUCUUUAUGAAGAAAUAACAAAUGCAUUAAAUAAAGAAAAUAUUAGUGCUGAAUCACUUGAACGUGCACGUAAAAAAAGAAAAUUAUUACAUGAAGAAGAUUCAUCAUCAUCACCAAGACAACAACAACAACAAAAAAUAACAAAUAGAUCUGGACGUUAUACACUAGAAGAUAAUCAUUAUCAUCAUCGUCAUCAACAUCAUCAUCACCAUCAUCAACAACAACAACAUCAUCAUCAUCAUCAACAAUCACAAUCACAACCACAUACACCACGUCGUUAUAGUGUUGCUGAGGGACAAACACAAACAACUGGAAGUAGUGGAUUACAUAAAGAAGAACCAUUUGACUUCAGUGUGGAGGAACAAUAUGCAACACAUGGUUAUUAUGGAGAUAAUGUACCAGUUGGUCCAUUUGAAGCAUCAGCAACAUUUAAGCUGACUAGAGGAGGUCCUACUUCACGUUAUUUACAAUCAACUGGUACUCAAUAUCAUAAUUAUCAACAUUAUUCGGGUAGUUUAAGAAUUCCUGGUAGAAGAACACGUCAACAUUAUUACAGACGUGAUCCAUUUAGUAAUGCGACGCAGGAAGAAAUACGUCCUGAGGAUGAUGAAGCAACUCUCAGGGAGAUGCUUAUAAGUCUGCAGAAGCAGGUCAGCGUCAUGAGCAUGAACUUAAGUGCCAAGCUGGAUGAGCUACAACGUGGUGAUCGUCAGCUUGAAACUACUGUUGCACUAUGUGAGAUACGUACACAAUUACAGGAACUCACUAAAAGUGUUGAGUCCUGUCAAAGUGAGGUCAGCGAGGUCAAGCGAGACAUGGUAGCAAUUAAGCACGAGUUGGAUACAGUUCAGCAGGUGAAAGAAGAAAUUGAAGAAUUACGUGAAUAUGUUGACAGACUUGAGGAACAUUCACACAGACGAAAAUUAAGAUUAUUACAACAGGGACUGACAUUUUUCCUAGCAUAUGCAAUAUUUGCUGCUGUACUUGGAAUGUUACAAUUUGGUUACAAUACUGGAGUUAUAAAUGCACCACAAAAAAAUAUUGAAAAUUUUAUGAAAGAUGUUUAUAAAGAUCGAUAUGGUGAAGAUAUGUCAGCAAAAGCUGUACAAAAAUGGUACUCUGUUGCUGUUAGUAUAUUUGCAAUUGGUGGUAUGGUUGGUGGUUUUAGUGGUGGUCUAAUUGCCAACAAAUUUGGCAGAAAAGGGGGCUUAUUGUUAAACAACGUGCUGGGAAUCGUGGGGGCAUGCCUAAUGGGUUUUACAAAAGUUGCAAAAUCAUAUGAGAUAUUGUUUUUGGGUCGUUUUAUAAUUGGUAUUAAUUGUGGAUUAAAUACAUCAUUAGUACCUAUGUACAUAUCGGAAAUAGCACCAUUGAACCUUAGAGGUGGCCUAGGCACGGUAAAUCAGCUCGCUGUUACGGUGGGUCUUCUAAUCUCUCAGGUGUUGGGAAUUGAAAAAAUACUUGGUACUGAUGAAAAUUGGCCAAUAUUACUUGGUCUUGCAAUUGUACCAGCAAUUGCCCAGCUUGUAUUACUACCAAUAUGUCCAGAAUCACCAAGAUAUUUACUUAUAACAAAACAAUGGGAAGAAGAAUCACGUCGUGCAUUGAGAAGAUUAAGAGCAAGUAAUCAAGUUGAAGAAGAUAUUGAAGAAAUGAGAGCUGAAGAAAGAGCUCAACAGGCUGAAUCGACAAUUUCAAUGAGUGAAUUAAUAUGCAGUCCAACACUACGUGCACCACUUGUUAUUGGUGUGGUCAUGCAACUAUCACAACAACUUUCUGGUAUCAAUGCUGUAUUUUAUUAUUCAACAACAAUAUUUACAAAUGCUGGAUUACUUGAUGAAGCUGCUAAAUUUGCAACAAUUGGCAUUGGUGCAAUAAUGGUUGUUAUGACACUUGUUUCAAUACCAUUAAUGGAUAAAACUGGAAGAAGAACACUUCAUCUUUAUGGACUUGGUGGAAUGUUUAUAUUUUCAAUAUUCAUCACUAUAUCAUUUCUCAUAAAGGAGUUUUUUAAUUACGUACAGGAAAUGAUUGGUUGGAUGUCAUAUCUAUCGGUGAUAUCAACUCUCAGUUUUGUUGUAUUUUUUGCUGUUGGACCUGGAUCAAUACCAUGGAUGAUAACUGCUGAACUAUUUUCACAAGGACCAAGACCAGCAGCAAUGUCAAUUGCUGUUCUUGUUAAUUGGAUGGCUAAUUUUAUUGUUGGAAUUGGAUUUCCAAGCAUGAUGGCUUGGCUAGACAACUAUACAUUUUUACCAUUUAGUGCAUUUUUGGCUGUUUUUUGGAUAUUUACAUAUAAAAAAGUACCAGAAACUAAGAACAAAACAUUUGAAGAAAUUCUAGCACUUUUCAGGCAUGGUCAUGACAGGAGCAGUAUGAGGGAUAGUCGACUUUAUGGGACCAUGCUAAACUGUACGAAUUCAUUAGAGGGACAUUUGCCACCAGCAGAGAGUGCAGCCUUGAUGAUAGCUGAGGAGAAGCCCCAUCCUGAUUCAUGGCAAACAAUUCCUCAGACCUGGUUGUAGCUGUAAAUAAUUAUCAACAAUCUCAAAUGAAUAUUCAAAAUAUUCUUAAAUGUUUUACACUCACACAAAAAAAAAAAUAGUCUCCUCAAAGUGGUAUAAUUAUUUUUCUGUUAAUUAUAUUUACAAUAAUAUUAUUUUAAUUAUUAAUAUAAUCGGUUUGAUAAUAUCAAUGGUACAGUGGUUUUAGAAUCCGGCUGAUGGGAUUUAAAUUAUUUCUACGAGGAAGUAUAAUGUCUAUCGUCAAAUGAAAAUUUCAUAUAUUUUUAUAUCAAUAUAAUAUUUGGUAAGAUUUGAAUUAGAAAGAAAAAUUAAUUCUCUAACGAGCACGCUUGUUUUUUUUUUUAUUUUAAUAACACGUUUUAAUUAAUUCACUGAUUUUUUUUUUUUAAAUUAAUAAAAUCAAAAAAGUUUGACGUCACUCUUUUUGCUGAUUAAAAAUUAAUUUAAAGCUUUCAACACAGUGUCAACUGGUAUUGAAAAAUACUCGAAGGAAUUGUUUGCUUUGAUUUGAAAAUUAUUUAUCCAAAAUAUUGUUCAACAUUUAAAAAUUCAUUUUGUCAUUUAUUCAUUUAUGCAUGUCAUUAAUCUGUGUAUGUUUGUUAAUUUGUCAAGUUGUAGUUUUCAUUGUAAAGCAGUAUUAUCAUUUACUAUUUUUAUUUUUACAUGUGCUUGUAUAAUAAAAGAAAAACUUUUUUAAUUUACUUUCGCAAUAUAAUUUUUUUUUAAAUUAUUUAUAACUUGUAAUUUGCAUAAAAAAAAAACUAUUAUUCAAAUUUAUUUAUUUUAAUUAUCAAUGAUAUAUUUUGUUGAUUCGGGUGAUAAAAAAAAAUAUAUGGAAAUUUUGUUUUUUAAUUUUUCAUAAACAUAGAUUGAAUUUUUACUUUUUAAUUAUUGAAGCAGCCAUUAUAGUCAUACAUGAAAUUCAUUAGUUUCAUUUUCAUAAUCAUCAAAUGUAGUUUUUUUUUUUUUAAAUUCUAAAUGCACAACAAAUUCAUCAACCACUAAAAAUUAAAAUACUCAUUUAUGUAAAUGUAUAUAAAUAAUAAGUUAAAAACUUUGUAAUUAAAUUUUCUUGAUAAUCAUGUUUUUCACACACUUGAUACACUGGCCUUUGUAGUAGUUAAAAAAAAAAAAAAAAAAGAAUAUAUUAUAAUAUGAUAUUCCACUAUCUAUCUACUACUAUUUAUUUAUUAUUAUAUUAUUAUUAUAAAUGUGUUUAUAUGUCAUGUAUUUAUAGUAUUAUUAAAACAAAAAAAAAAUGAAUAUAAAGUUGAAAAAAUACUUGACUUUUCCAAUGGAUGUAUCAGUAAAUUUUUUUAUAAUAAUUUGUAAGCCAACAGCACUAUGAUAAUAAGGGAUGAUCUAUUCUGAACGUGACGAAGAAUUAAUUAUUACUUUCAGCAAUGGUAUUUGAAAGGAAAAUUAUUUUGUAGAAAUUAAAUUUUUUAUUUUGGACAACAAAAAUUAAAAACACUUUGUGUUUAAUUAAUUAACGGUUUUUUAUUUUUUCUUUGUUAGCACCAAAUAAAAGCAAUUGAUGCAUGAAAAAUUUGCAUGAUUUUUAUAUAAAAUAAUAUUAAAAAGAACAGAAAAAAAAAAAUUAUAAUUUAUCUUUCGAUUGUUUCUGAUUGAUGUGUUAUUGCUUUGUUGUCUAAAAUUAUUCAUAUGACGAUGUGAUAAAAAGUAAAAAAUAAUUAAUUAAAUAUGAAUAUAUUUGAUUGUUUAAAUAAAAA